AUGAAGGCCUUCAACACACUUUUAGUUUCUGUUUUGCUCACCGCAACAGCCAAUGCGGUGCCUAUGGGAGAAAUUCAAGCGCGCAGCAGCCAAGUUUCCCAGCGAGGAGAGGCAACUGCUGACAAUGCCGUCGCACCACAAGCAUGGAGCGGCUACAACGAGAGACGCACCGAAGAGGCCUCAGAUGCUGACAACGCCGUUGCCCCGCAAGCCUGGAGCGGAUACAACGAACGUCGCAGUAACACAGAAACAUCGAAUGCCGACAAUAUUAUAACACCACAGGCAUGGAGUGAGUACACCGAGAAACGCGCUGAGGAAGCGUCGGAGAGCGACCCUCAGGCCGAUGACGCUGUUGCUCCUCAGGCGUGGAGUGGAUAUGCCGGAAGGAGCUCUGAAGAAGCUUCCGAUGCGGAUAACGCUGUCGCACCUCAAGCUUGGAGUGGAUACGCCGAAAGACGCGCCGUAGAGGCCUCCGAUGCCGAUGAUGCUGUUGCACCCCAGGCCUGGAGCGGCUACGAAGAGAAGCGUUCUGAAGAAGGAACUUCGGAGGCUGACAACGCAGUUGCCCCGCAAGCUUGGAGUGGCUACGAGGAGGCAUAA